AUGGCCGUCUUCUUCAUCAUCAACAUUACCAGCGUCGUCGUCAUGAUCUUUUGUUUCGCCAUUUUCUACCGCAAAGAAGGCCAGCGCCAGUACGAGUUGAGAACGGAGACGGAAGCAGAUUGUCAAAUGUGGAUGGAAGCCAUCUUGAAAGCAAGUUUCAGCAAAGUUUUGGAGCUAAAACAGCAGGUAGAGCAGAAGCACCUGCACCUCUUGCAGGUGUUGGACAGUGAGAGGCAGGCUAAAUGGUACUACGUACAACAAACUGAGGAGUUUGCUACAGAGGUUCAGAAACUUAAGAAAGAGAUACGAGAAUACAAGAUGGAAUUCAAGAUGGCACAAGCGGACGAGUUAGAAAGCGAGGAACUGAAGAAAAUUAAAAAGGAAAAAAAACUGUUGCACAAAAAGACGGAUAACCAGACAGAUAGACAAAUAGACGAAGAGACAGACGUACAGACAGACAGAGAGACAGACAAAGACAGCUUACUGACCAAUAUUCAGACAUUUGUCUUACCUUCGCUUCACAAUCAGCCCGUUAGUAAAGAGGUUUUGAUUGGAAACUCUUUCCUUGUUUGCGAGACGAUUCAGAGGAAGUUUGCAGUGCAAAGUUUUUUCCGUGGGUGGAUGUGCAGGCGGCGUUGGAAGCAAAUAGUGGAGCUGUACAUUCGCUCCGACCACGCGGAAGGCAUGCGGAAGAGGAACAACAUCGUCUUCAAGAUGGUGGAAUGUGAGGAGGAGUACGUGAAGCAGCUUUCAACGCUGGUGACCGUCUUUCUGAGGCCGUUCCGUAUGUCGGCCAGUUCGAAGGUUCCGCCCGUUUCGCACGAUGAUGUUAACUCUAUAUUCUUAAACAGCGAAACCCUGCUAUUCCUGCAUCAGAUAUUUUUGAAGGGCCUGAUGGCUAGGAUGGAAAACUGGCCUACUAUUGUCUUAGGUGAGUGGUAA